AUGCUCAAUGGUCACAACAAUCUUCAAUGGUCUAACAUGUCAUGGCACUUCCACUCUCUGAUGGCUCUCUUGGUCCGGUCAUUACAUUAUGGGGGCUUCGGUGAACAGGCUUCACCAGCCCGUGAUCAAUCCCCUCCCUCCAACGCCCUCCCCCUCCGAUUCGACAUGCAGGUGGUGGCACAAUCUGCAGGGACAACGACACACAGGGGAGAGGAAGCUCCAAGUGUAUAA